AUGAGCGGGCCGGGAACGACGCGGGGGAGCAGCUACCCCUUCCUGCAACGCGGUCUUCCCUUCUUCGCGUUCAUGAUAGGAGGAUCCUACGGUAUCAGCAUCCUCCUGCAGGGAAGGAACGAGGUGAGGGACGCCAAGGCUGAUGUCACGGACAUGCGCGCGCCGUCCAAGACGCAGAACGUUCGCAGGAAGAACAUGGCCUUCGACAUCGACGCCGAGCGAGAGAGGACCAUCGAGGAGCUCGGCGGACUGGAGAAGGAUGUGGACAUGGUGCCGGUGCCGAGGCCGUGGGAGGAGCCGGGUGCGAAGCGGCGGCGAUGGUGGAAGGGUGUCAAGCGCUGGUGGGGAGGCGCAUAG